GAAGCAUUGUCGAAACCUAUUUGCAAUUCUGGAAGUCUACUCAUUUCGUGCUGACGUAAUUUCGUGUUGAGGUGAAGAUCACAGUUAAGGGUGUGGGCUUACCGGAUUUUCUUCUGUUCAAAGGGAGUGUCUGCGAGGACUGACCCCCGUCCCCAGUGCGUAGCAUCCCUUUCAGAGAUCUAGGUCGCAGGAGAGGCAAUCGAGUUGUGAGUUGCUUGCCUGACCUGGUUGUUUACGCUAGUAGACCUUGAGGUUGUUGAUAUUUGUUACUUCAGCUGCGGGUUUGGAAGGGCUUAGAGCAUAAUGGCGGUGGACAAGGACUUGGAGGAUUUGGCAUUCUUCCUGAAAUCUCCCUCUCCAAAUCUGAGGAAGGCCGCUGUGGAGAUUGUGCAGGGGCUCUCUGGAACCGAUGAAGGUGUGCGAAGAUUGUCAAGCCACGCUUCGGCUUUGUUCUCUCCCCUGGUCAGGAUCUUGGUCGAAGCGGAAGAGGUUUCGAAGCCAGCGGCGGAGGCGCUUGUCAAUUUGUCGCAAGACGUCGCCGUUGUAGAUCAUUCGAUUAGGGUUGGUGCGGUUGAGAGGGCGAUGGAGCUGAUUGGGAAGCCUGGCUCUAAGUUGAACAAGUUCAUGGUGAUGCUGCUUGUAAAUAUCUCGAACAUCGACAAGGGUGCCUCCCGGCUUCUUCAAGAGGGAGAUGAGAAGCUCGCUGGAUUAAACAUCGCAAAGCUUGUCAGGUUUUUCUCUAGAUUCUCGUCGUCUGAAGUAGCAGGUGACGAUGAGUACGAGCAUGUCGCUAACAUCUUAGUUAAUAUAACUAGGUUAGAAUUUGGCCGGAAGGUGGUUUUGGAUAUGAGCAAGGGAAUCUUGAGGCAGAUUUUGCCUCAAAUUGAUUCCCGAAGUGUGGUCAGGCGGCAAGGCGUGGCUGGAACCGUGCGUAAUUGUUGCUUUGAUGCCGAAACAUAUUUGCCAAGUCUUCUCUUGGCGUCCGAGUUUUUGUGGCCGGCUUUGCUGCUUCCUUUGGCGGGGACAAAAGUGUACAGCGAAUUGGACACUGCAAAGAUGCCUUUAGAGCUAGCCACCCCCUUGUCUCAAGAAGACAGAGAGCUAGAAACUGACCCAAAAGUUAGGGUUGAAGCUUGUGAAGCCAUUUACUUGCUUCUUCUUCAAGAAGGCGGGAGAAGGGCAUUUUGGGCAAUCAAUGGACCUCGCAUUUUAGAAUUAGGUUAUGAAGAAGAAGAAGACCCCAAGGUCAUGGAAGCAUUCGAGCGUGUAGGCGCAUUGCUUGUAGGGGGGUCUGGGACUGACGAAGAAGCCGUGCAGGCAUGAUUUAUAGACUGGACAUGGUUACGUUUUAGGGUUCAGAGUUACUCCGGUAUUCGGUUCAUCUGUAACGGUGCAAAAGUAAAGAAGUUGCUGAGAAAAAGCUAUCUACCUCAAA